CCACCCCACCGCCGCCUCCGCCCUCUGCCCUCCAGAUACCAGAUCCCCACCGUUUGCUUCCCCGGCCGCACGAAUCUCUACACACUCGCGGAGGAAACGUUGCGACCUCCGGCCGCUUCCUUUUACCAGACCGGAGCGGCGAGGGACACGAAGCGUGGCAAGCGGAAGAGGGGAAAUCGAAGCUAUCGUCGGAGAGCCCGCCCAGGUGCGCGGCCGUCGGUUGGUUUCUGGGCUGCGUUGGGAGGUUUUCUGAUGGAUGGUGAUGAAGCGAAGGAAUCAGCUCUGGAUUGUGCAUCCAGUGCAGCCACUGCUAUGUGUCCUGAUGCCUCCUGUGAGCAUGAAUCAACAGAGUCAGCCAUGAAGCAGCAGAAGAGGAAGAGGGCCUUCUCUCAAGUGGAUGUUGUGGAUAAAGAAUCGGUAUCUGCUGAAUGGCAGCGAGCACUUGACGCAUUGUAUGAAUACUACAAGGAGGUUUCUGGUCAUCAUGUGAAGCCAGAGGAGUUUGCAUGCUUGACAGGCGACUCGAUUAUAGCAUGCUUGCUGGAGGAGAGCAGUCUUCCCUGUGCAAAGUUAACAGAUAAGAUCUACAAAAGGUUUAAACUACAAGAUGGCGUCACUGUCUCUUCAGUGCGCAACUCAGUGCUCCACAUUGGUAAGAGAUCUUCUUAUGGGAUUUGUGCUAUAGAUGUCGAUGAACUGGAGGAUGAGUCUGAUUCAAGCCUUUGGUGUUGGGAGACACAAGAUUUGGCAUUGUUACCCUCGCAUCUACGUAAUGGUUUAAGCAUUCGACGGACAGCUCGGAAGCUUAUCCAUGAAAGGAUUCUGGCUCUUUCAGGCAAGCUGGCUGCGAAAGAUGCUCCUACUACUCAUAGUAAGGAGGACUCUCAUUCAGUAAAUGCUGUGGAAGUGCCAAAUCUGGAUGAGAUUUGCUCUUUCAUUGAGAAGUCAAAACAAAAGAAUGAUGCUGACAUAACUAAAAUGCACAGCAAAGCAAAAGCACAAGAGUUACAAGCUACCAGGAAAGCCAUGAAGGAACAUCAAAUGAUGGCGAGGCAGAUUGAAAAGGAGGAAAAGAAAAAAGAUAGGGAACUUAAACAUAUGAAAGAAAAAGCUGAGAGGGAAGCAAAACGUAUCGAGAGAAGCAAUAAGCGGCUAAAGAAGCAUCAGGAAGAAGCAGAGAGGGCAAAGAAGAGGAAAGAGAAGGAAGAGGCUGAGUUGAAAAGGAAGGCUUCCACUAAAAAACAAGCAAACUUCAUGGAAUGUCUGUUCAUAAAAAAGCUGAAUAGCAUCAUGGAAAGUUCUAGUAGUCACCACUUGGAGAAGACUACAUGUUCAAAAUCAUCAGGAUCUAUUGAAGAACCUUUCAUUGCAGUUACAUCAGCAAUGGACUGUACACUAUCUCAAGUAAAUCAUUUGAGAGUGGAGGAAUUCUGGGUGGCACAUGUUUCUAGAUGGCAAAAACUCUCUCACCAUAACAUAUUGCACCAUUGGGGUGUUAGGAGAAGUCCUAAGGUUCAGUUGUUUUCUGAGCUAAAGCUACAGAAGUCAUCUGCAACUGCACAUUCUGAUAAUAUGUCGACUCCAACAAAAGAGCAGUCAUCACAGGAGAGCACAGGAAGCCUUGAUUUCAACAAACUUCUUGAUGAACUGAAAACGCCAUCUCAUGAGAAAAAUAUCCCGUUUAGAACAGUUCAGAAUAGCAUAUCAUCUUCAGUUCUUUCCGUGAAGAAGCUUUUGCAGUUUGAUAGAAGCUUUAGGCCAGCAUAUUAUGGUACCUGGAGAAAGAAGAGUUCUACAGUUAGUGCAAGGCAACCCUUUCAGAGGGAUCCAGAACUCAAUUACGAUGUUGAUAGUGAUGAAGAAUGGGAAGAGGAGGAUCCUGGUGAAAGAUUAUCUGAUUCUGAGGAAGAAGAUAAGACUAAGAAUGAAGAUGAUUCCAUGAUUGAUGUGGAAGAGGAAACUGAGAACAGUUUUGUAGUGCCUAAUGAUUAUCUUUCAGAGGAUGAGGGCGUGCAAUAUGAGCCUGUAUGUGUCAAAGUUGAUGAAACCUGCAGCAUGCUGAGCAACCCUAGGGUUACAGUUGAGCAGAAAUUUCUUCAUAGUGCCACUGAAGAUGCUCUCAGGAUAGACAGGCCUUUAGUCAUAUCCAACCUAGACCAUAGAAAAUUUGACCUGCUGAGAGCUGAAGAAAAUCCUGCAGAGAGAAGACUCUGUUUGCAAGCUCUUUGUAUGAAGAAAUACUCCAGCGGCCCCAUCAUUGAUGUGCCUAUGGUUGUUAAAGUGAUAAUGGAAGAUACAACAUUUUGCCAAUCAAAUAAAAAGAGCCCUAGAACACCUGUACCAUCCAAAUCCAUUUCAGAUUCAGACAUGCCUGAAUUUGCCAAACUAGUUACAUCAUGCUCUCAAGGGAUGGGCAAAUUGGUCGAGCUAUUACAUGAGAGAUUUCCAUGUGUCUCUAGGACACAACUGAAGAACAAAGUUCGGGAGAUAGCUGAGUUUAUCCACAACCGCUGGCAGGUUAAGAAAGAUAUCUUGGAUCAGUACAGUAUAUGUCUCUCUCCAGAUAAAGUUGGAAGCCACAAGUGUGCAGGGCCACAGUCCUCCCAACAGUGUGUGUCGCCUGAUGAACCAGGAAAGACAGGCCAAUGUGCUCCCCAUUCCGCCCUGAAAUCUGAAGCGAGCAGACAACAAAUGAGUGCCAAAGGUUCCAGUGGCAGCGCACCGUGUGCUGAUCCUUGAUAAUUGAGGUUACUGUCCCAAGGUCGUCGCUGGCGGAAUGGUUGCUCUGUACCGCCAUGAGAAUCCAAACUGGUUGCCGGUGUUUCUACUGCCAGUCUGCCACACUUCAUAUCUCUUAAUGCUGCCAUCGUUCUGUCAGAGGUGGUUGUUGCAGUUCUGUGGUUAAUUGUCUUGCAAGAUAAUAGUGUGUACGCUGAUGUAUUUGGUAUGAGUUUAAUAACACUGCACAAAAUGCUCGCGCUCUUCCAGAUUUGCCCCGGAGGCCGGAGCAGUUUCAAGGAGACUUUUCCAGGAUAGUACUGACGUUUGCAAACGGUAUUUGCUAUGUCACAACACCACUGCCACAAUCACACAAUACAACACU